AACACUCACCUCCUCACAGUUCAAUUCUUGACGGCGUGCGGAGUGCGUGUGUGAAGUGGCAAGCCCAGCCGAAGGAUCCGCAGGAAAAUUGAAUCAACAAUGUGGCAGCGACAGGUGUUGGUGCUCGGCAUUUGCGGGCUCAUAACAAUGGAGGUGGCGAGGUGCAGUGCCAGUCGCUUUAAUGGCGCCACUUCCGCCGGCAACCAGAACCCGCAGCUAAAGCUGGAGAUGAAUGCUUGGCAGCCUUUCACCCAGCACAACAAUUGGCUCAUCCUCCAGGCGACAGCACACAGUUCCAUGCAGCCGGAGCGAGCGGAGAUCCGGGAAAGGCGAAAGGAACCGGAACGACUUCCUGUCAAUUUCUACGCCUAUAACCAUCGCUAUAAAGAGAGCUCCACAACGCCGGGCGGAAAUUACAAACCGAAUCCUCCCAACGAUCCAUCCAGCUAUGUUCUGGCCAUCAGCCAGCAGAUGCGGCGGGGCCAACUCCUCCGCCAGCUGCCAAAAGCGGAGGAUGUCGAGCCGGAAGUUCAAAAGGUGGCUGCGACUUUAACACACCCGGUUAAUGGUGAUGACGAUAAUAAUCAAGAUGAUGAAAACAGAAUCCUUCCCGGGGGACCAGGAGAUGGCGAACAGGCAUCGCUCCGGGGCGCGGAAUCCUACUUGGAGCCCUUUGAACGCGCCCUGGUGAAAGUGCGCGACUUCUGCGACGCCCUGAGAAGCGUGAUUAGCGACGAGGCAGAUGAGACGGGUUCAAAUAAAUUGGAUGCCACCGCAGGAGAAGGAGCAGCCGCCGCACAGCCACCAGGUGCAACUUCAAAGGAGCUCCUGGUUCAAGGUCGCUCUCAACGCCUGGCAUCUGCGUUAUCCGAGGGCCGCAAGCUCAAGAAGCUGAAGAAGAAGAUCCAGAAGCUGUUUUUCCCCCUGCUGAUUGCCUACAAGCUCAAGUUCCUCACCCUCAUCCCGGUCCUAAUCGGCGGACUCACGCUGCUCGUAGGCACCACGGGCCUGGCCGGCUUCUUCUUCGCUCUCUUUACGGCUGUAAUGAGCCUGAAGAGCUCCGGAGGUGGCGGCCAUGCCAGCAAGUCACUCGUCUUGAAGAAGCUCUGAUGAGUGCCGCCUUAAAACCCAUUCAGAUUACCUAUUUGGGUAGAGUUGGCGAACUGCUCGGCCAGCAUUGAUUUGUCCGUUCGGUCGGUGGCUAUAAACAAGUGACGUCGCCGAUUUUCAGCGAUAACAACGACGCGCACGCAAGGAAAAGAAGUAUGUAAAUAACAACAAAAUCAACCAUUAGUGAAUUUUAAAUACUCUGUCUUAAAUACUGGUACCUUAGACACAGUCUUUAAUAUAAAUGACAAUUAUUAGCAGCUCCAUAAGAUAUUACAGCUUUACAAAAACUACAUUUUCUUUUUUAGCCUUCUAACUUUUGGAUACAUUUUUCUUAUGUUAAACAUAACACGGUUUGGUUUAAGGUUUUUCUCUUCAUAAAGUCAAAUUAUUAAAUUUUUGCAUAGAUGGGCUGUUAAUUGUAAGUAUUUAUUUAUCUUAAAAUUUUAAGAUUUGAAGAACAAGUCUCUGUAAACUUUAAGAUGAUCGAUCUUGACGUCUUUAAUUAUAUUUUACUAAGCAUUAGGAACCAUAUUCUUCCUAAAUCUUUACUAAUUAGAUCCACUCACCUAUUUAUAAAUUAAUAUGCAAAAAUUGUUAUAAUAUUCUCUAUUUCUAAGUUAUUUUUCAUAAUAUUCAGGACGUGCUUACCGUUAAAUUAUUGUCAGUACAAAACCUAAAAAUAAAUCUUAAAUUAAUUUUAUGUGUACCCAAGUAAUUAAACACUUAGAACUCUUAAAGGGAGACGCAUUAAA